CUGUCGUAUCUAGCUGUUCCCAUUGGAUCGCUCAGAUCGCUCGCAUCAUCAGCAAGCUACAAAUCUAGUCGCCUCUACGUUCGCAUGGUGAUUACUAGUGCGUUUACUCUCCUGAGUUCAAUGGACGAAGAUGAAAUUUUAAUAAUGUAUUACUUUUUGAAAAGAAGGAAAAUGAAGCAAGAAAUGAAAAGAAAGUACUGGGUACAUCCAAUGUUAAUGAAAAGAAUUCCAUUAGGAUUAUGUCAGAGUUAUAUAGAAGAAUUAAAAAGUGAUGAUGGAAAGUUUUAUGAGUAUUUAAGAAUGACUGUCUCCACCUUUGAUAGCCUACUGGCACGACUUGCAGACAAUCUUAGAAGAGAAAACAUACAUUUCAGAAAUUGUAUAAGUGCCGAAGAAAGACUAGUGAUAACUUUAAGAUAUUUGGCGUCGGGAUGUUCGUUUAAACAAAUGCAUUAUAAUUUUAGAGUGGGAAUGUCAACCAUCAGCAAAAUAAUCAAAGAAACGUGUUCUGUUAUUUGGAGCGUAUUAAGUGCAGAAUAUUUAAAGUUGCCCAAUAUCGAAGAAGAAUGGAAAGCGAUCGCUGAAGCUUUUAAAACGAAAGCAAAUUUUCCUCAUUGCCUCGGUGCGCUGGACGGCAAGCACAUAAGGAUUACAAAGCCAAUAAAUAGUGGUUCUAUGUUUUUUAACUAUAAGGAUUAUUUUUCUUUUAUUUUAUUUGCAAUUGUUGAUUCAGAUUACCGUUUCAUUUACGUUAGUAUUGGUUCAUACGGAAAAGAGUGUGAUUCAUCUAUCCUAAAACAAUACAAUUUUUGGAAGAAACUAAAUGAUGGUACUUUAAAUAUACCAAGACCCACGCCAUUACACGAAAAUAUGCAAGAAGAAAUACCAUAUGUAUUUGUUGGAGACGAAGCCUUUACAUUGUCACAAAAUUUAUUGCGACCUUAUGGCGGUACUCAUUUAGACAAUAAGAAAAAGAUAUUUAAUUACCGUCUAAGCCGCGCGAGAUGA